CUCUCUCUCUCUCUCUCUCUCUCUCUCUCUGCAUUUCCCGUCCCAAAGGCACGAUACGGCCCCUUUACCUCCAAACGGACCUCCGUCCGUUUCCGUCCAAAACGCCGUUUUCCUCCGUGACGUCACGUGACCUCAUUCCCCAAAACGAAGUCACAAAAACCCCAUCCUUUCCUUAAAAUGGCCCUCCACUCGCCACCCCCGACUAACGGCGCCCCGUCAUCUUCUAACGGGCGUUAUAACUCUAACGACGAUGAUGCCAACCGCCCCCCUCGCCUGCCGCGCUGGACCCGCCAGGAGAUCCUUGUCCUCAUCCAAGGGAAGAAGGUCGCCGAGUCCCGCGUCCGUCGUGGCCGUACUGCCUUCGGUCCGACGCCCGCCGAACCGAAGUGGGCGUCCGUCGCGUCGUACUGUAGGCGGCACGGCGUGAACAGGGGGCCCGUGCAGUGCAGGAAGAGAUGGAGCAACCUGUCAGGGGAUUACAAGAAGAUCAAGGAGUGGGAGUCGAGGGUCGGAUUAGAGCCGUCCGAUUCGUUCUGGGCCAUGAGGAAUGAUGUGAGGAGGGAGAAGAAGAUGCCGGGGUUCUUUGAUAGGGAGGUUUACGAUAUCUUGGACGGGGGUGUGGGGCCCACCGUGGAGGGGAAGGCCGGGGAGGAGGCCGAGGAGGAGGAAGGAGAGGAGGUGAUCUUUGACAGCGGGCGGGCUGCGGCAGCCGAUGAUGGGCUGUUUUCGGAUUUCGAGCAGUCAGGGCCGGAGGAAGGGAAGGGGAGUCCGGAGAAGGUGGCAGCAGCAGCAGCAGCGGAGGAUGAGAGUCCGGUGACGGAGGCAGCGCCAAUUUCAGAAAAACAGUACAACCCAUUUGAUCAAGGGCAUUUAGAUGCAGGCAUGGAAAAUGAGAAGCAGCUGGAUGUCGAUCCUGAGAAAGGGUCUGCAUCUCAGGAAGGACGGAAACGGAGGCGGGUGUCACCGGCCUGCGAUGGGGUCCCCAACCUGCAGGACCAGCUGAUUGAAGUCCUGGAGCGGAAUAGCAAAAUGCUGACAACCCAGCUUGAAGCUCAGAAUAUAAAUUGCCAGCUGGAUAGAGACCAGAGGAAAGACCAUGCUGAUGGCUUGAUCGGCGUCCUUAGCAAGCUGGCUGAUGCUCUGGGAAGAAUCGCAGAUAAAUUAUAGCAGGAGUCAAUGAGAAGGAUAAUAGGCCCAUACAAAGGCAUUGUACAGUUGCAUCCUUUCAUGCCGAACCCCAUGAGUCACAGCGGAUGCAGAGGUGUUCGGUGAAUUAAAUUUUAAACAGGUAAUUAAUCUCCCAAGUCAUCAUUUUGGUUGACUUUUACUAUUUGAAAUACACUGUCUACUUACCAUGAGUUCCCACAAGGACACAUCGGUGUGGGCAGCCUAUACCUCUCAUCUGGUAGGACCCACACCGGAUGGGCCAUGACCCAAAUAUUUGUAUGGCUUGAACUGUUGCAGAUAUUCUUUUUCACCAUCCAGUUGCAGAUAGUUUUUCAGAUAAGAUUAUUCAAUCAACAAAGUUUCACGGCUGUGGCCAUCCGCCCUCAGUUUCACCAGAUGAAUGGUCCAGAUCCCUGCAAUGAUGGCCAUGUGCCUGCUUUUUCUUGGAGCCUCCAAUGAGUAGCAUAGUGCACGGUGCAAACAGUCGAAUAAUGUAUAUAGUUCAUAAGUAGAUCUUAAAACCACAGAUAGCUGAGGGUUUAAGGGCAAUAUGUUUUUUGUUCCUCCUUAAAAUCCGUUAUCCGUUUAAGAGUUAUGGUUGGGAAGGUUUAAGAUUACAUAUAAUGUUAGAAAUAAAGAACAAAAAAAGGUUCCAUAUGUUACUCUAUACAUGUUUUAGAGAUUUUUUUUUU